AUGGGUGUCUUCUCCAAUCUCCGAGGACCUAAAAGUGGAUCGAUCCACGAAGGAUUGCCUGUAGCCAAUGCCUCUCCCUCGUCUCCUUCCUCAUUCAAGCGAAAAGUUUCGAGCUUGUUGCCAAUCUGCGUCGCUAUCGUAGUCCUCAUCGAGAUCGCGUUUCUGGGUCGUCUCGAUAACGCUGCUCUGGUCGAUACCUUGACGGAUUUCUUCACAAACUCGCCUUCGAGCUCGCAAUCUACGACCAGAACAUCCGAUUUUGAGAAAUGCGAGAAGUGGUUAGAGAGAGAGGAUUCAGUGAGCUAUUCUAGGGAUUUCAGUAAAGAUCCGAUCUUUAUCUCCAGUGGUGACAAGGACUUCGAAUCGUGCUCAGUUGAUUGUGCAUUUGGAAGCAGUUCUGAUAAGAAACCUGAUGCAGCUUUUGAAUUAGGUCAUCAGCCUGGAACUUUAAGUAUAAUCCGUUCCAUGGAAUCAGCUCAGUAUUACCAUGAGAACGAUCUUGCUCAGGCACGACGGAGAGGUUAUGAUAUUGUGAUGACCACUAGUCUGUCAUCAGAUGUUCCUGUUGGGUAUUUUUCAUGGGCUGAGUAUGAUAUUAUGGCUCCAGUGCAACCCAAGACAGAGAAGGCUAUUGCUGCUGCUUUUAUUUCCAAUUGCGAGGCUCGGAAUUUCAGGUUGCAAGCUCUUGAAGCCUUGAUGGAGGCGAGUUUUAAGAUUGACUCUUAUGGUAGUUGUCACCGGAACCGUGAUGGGAGUGUGGAGAAAGUUGAAGCUCUUAAGCACUACAAGUUCAGUCUAGCUUUUGAAAACACCAACGAGGAGGACUAUGUCACCGAGAAGUUCUUCCAAUCUCUAGUUGCUGGAUCUGUCCCUGUGGUUGUUGGAGCUCCAAAUAUAGAAGAAUUUGCACCUUCUCCGGACGCAUUCCUUCACAUUAAGCAGAUGAGUGAUGUCGAGCCAGUUGCAAAGAAAAUGAAGUAUCUUGCAGAUAACCCUGCCGCCUAUAGUAAGACACUAAGAUGGAAACAAGAAGGUCCUUCAGAUUCUUUCAAGGCACUUGUUGAUAUGGCUGCUGUACACUCUUCUUGCCGUCUCUGCAUUUUCGUGGCUACAAGGAUCAGAGAGCAAGAAGAGAAGAGGCCUGAGUUUAAGAGACGGCCCUGCAAAUGCACCAGAGGCUCAGAGACGGUCUAUCAUUUGUAUGUUAGAGAAAGAGGCCGGUUUGAUAUGGAAUCCAUCUUUUUGAAGGAUGUGAAUCUGACUCUGGAAGCUCUUAAAUCUGCGGUUCUCACAAAGUUCAAGUCUCUGAGACAUGAACCAAUUUGGAAGAAGGAGAGGCCUGCGAGCUUAAGAGGAGAUAAUGAGCUUAAAGUACACUCCAUAUACCCGCUUGGUCUGACUCAAAGACAAGCUCUUUACAACUUCAAAUUCGAAGGAAAUUCAACUCUCAGUACUCACAUACAGAGAACCCCUUGUGCCAAAUUUGAAUUUGUCUUCGUCUAA